GCAUGCUUCCACAUCCGUAGCCAUUUUGGCUCAAGCCUUUCGGCUUCACACAUUUCUCCUCCCGUGAAUCUUCAGGGACUGAACCCUCCGUAUGCAGAAAGAGUUUCGGUCAGUUGCAUGAAGGUGGUGCUGCUGAUCGUCACCGUAUUGAUUCCGCAUCUUGGUAAGGCUGUGCGUUUGGUGCCAAGUGAGCGUGAAGAGCCAUGUGCGAACACAAUCGACGUCUCGAUUUCGCACGGCAAUGCCGAGCGCAUGAACAACUCUACCAUACCUCUGGUUUCCAAUCUGAACUUGGCGGGCACCAAAGACAUCACAUUGACAAUUUUCUGGACAGUGGGACCAGGAGUGCACGCGCAAGAUGUCAUCGACGAUCAGGUCAUGGCAUUGCGGGCGUCGAAGCUGAUCGAGCGUGUUAGCGCAAUCUAUGUGUGGGGGCAAGAUUACGAUAAAGGGGAAACUACGCCAGGACGCACACACGCCGAUCUGUUUGCAAAGUAUGGCGACAUACGGGAGAAACUGCACAACGUCACGCUGCCCUCCAAGUCUGCUGAGGAGUUCUGGCGCCGACAGGACCAUACGUACGAGUUCCCGACUCUCGAAGGCUUGUGGACGUCUUGUCGUGCGGAAUACAUGAGGGGCAGAGACGCCAAUAAUUUCGUCUUGUAUAUGCACUCGAAGGGUUCCACCAAGUACAAGUGGGAGUGGGUGCAGGAUUCCAAGUGGCGUUCGACCAUGCAGCAUUUUGUCUUGCACAGAUAUGCAGACUGCGUCGAGCACCUCAGGAAUGGUUUCGCAACUUGUGGCGCGCUGCUGGAAAAGCGCUCAGACGGUGCAACCUGGCCCCAUUACAGGGGGAACUUUUGGUGGGCGCGUUGCGACUACAUCAAACAGCUGCCCAACCCGAGGCCUGAAGACUUUCAACUGUAUAUCGCAGGGAACCCAUUCAAACCAAAACCAUCGGGACGAUUUCUGGCCGAAUGGUGGCUUCUCGGCAGCAAUGCUUUGCAUGCGGCACUCGAAACGAGUCACAAAAAUUGUUGGGGUCAACCUUCACAAUUCGCCCGAGGUGGACAAUACGACAACGCGAGUCCCGAAUCGUGUGCUGUUGUAGGCCGUUCGCUGGGCAGGUGCGUGUAG